AUGAAAACUGUAAAAUUGAGCUUAUUGAAUUUGCAUUUAUGGACAAUUCUAUUGGAUUAUUCGUUGAGUUUAUUUGUGAUUCCAUUUAUUAUGUGGCCGACAAUGGGAGGGAUUCCACUUGGAAUUUUUCAAUAUUUUGGGAUCAGUACAAGAUUUCAAUUUUAUUGGAUGCUCACUUCUAUUGGGCUAACCUCCGUCUCUAUCCUCUCCAUGUUUGAAUAUCGUUUCAAUGUUCUAUUCAUAAAACCCCACGACUUCUGGUUUAAAGCCAGAAAACCCUGGAUCAUUUUCCAAUACCUUUAUGCUAUUUUAUACAUGAUGCCUCCGUUUUUCGAUCUAGGAAACCAAUUGGAAAUCCUCCAAAAGUCAUACAACCGAAACCCAUGUAUUCCACUACAAUUAAUUAAAUCCGGCCCAUUUUUUAUAUUAAGCUUAAAUUGGAUAUUUUCAGUUACUAGCAUUACAAUCUUCACACUUAAUAUCUGCCUGGGAAUGUUAUUUUUUACCGUUCAAAUUUAUUGGAAAAUUUUGAACCAAGUGAAACUACGGAAAAUGUCGAAACGGACAUUUCAACUUCAACGAAUGCUUCUUUUUGCAUUGUUUCUUCAAGUUAUAAUACCUUUGAACCUCUUUGUGGUUCCCAUUGCUUAUUCUGGCUACGCAGUUGUGUUUAAUUACUAUAAUCAAGGAAUCAAUAAUUUGGCAAUGGCAACUGGAUCAACUCAUGGAUUGUGCUCUACAAUAACCAUGCUUCUUAUACAUUCUCCGUAUCGGACAGCGAUUUUUGGAGUUUUUGAGAAAACCAAAAAAGUUAUGACCGGUCCAUCUUCCCAUGUUUCUGUUAUCAAAUUUUAA